AUGCGGCUGCGGGAGUGGCUGUUCUGGCACCUCUCGCACGGGGUGCGGCCGAUCUUCCUGCGGUGGGAGGGCCCGCUCGCCGCCGCGCAGGGCGCCGAGCUGGCGGGGCCGCGCGAGCGGGGCGAGGUGGUGCUGAAGGUGGUGCCGAGCGUGGGCCAUCUGUCCAGCGGGUUCAGCUCCGUGAUGACCCGCCAGGUCAAGUUUGUGCACAGGUGUUUGGCGGAGGCGCGGCAGCUCGGCUGCGACUUCCUGCUCCACCUGGACGACGACGAACUGUUGUGCCCGAUCGGCGAGUCUUGCUCGAUUCCGGACGUGCUCGCCCGCCACGCGGGGAGCACUGCCAGGUGCAUCCAUUUUGAGAACUGGGAGGCCGUGCUGCCGUUCGCCGAGGCCACCUCGCGGCCGUUCUCGCGCCCAGGCGUCGAGUUCCGGACGCGCGCGCAGGUGCUCUACUGCAACGGGAAGAGCGCCGCCAACCUGGCGGCGCCAGGCAGCGUGUACUGCAGCGGCGUGCACCAUUUCUGCCGUUACAACAGGACGUUCUCGGACAUCUGCGUGGCCCAGUACGGCCUGCACGACAAGGCCGAGGGCUGCUGCCACCCGGACUGCUGCGCCCGGGAGCCCGCCGCCGUCGUCCUGCACUACGACAGCCCCAGCCUCCAGGAGUGGCGCGGCAAGUUCGCGGCCCGGGCGGCCUCGAAGAUGUGCCGGGAGGACUCGGGGGGGGCACGGUGGCGGAUUCCCCUUCAAGAAGGAGUCCGUCCGCGUGCUGCGGAGGCUGGGGGGCACGGGCGCCCGGGCGGCCGCGGCGCAGGAGCGGGUCUACCGCUGCUGGCGCUGCCUUCCUGGGCGCAGCGAGGACGUCUUCGACGCGCGGCUCCGCGGCGAGGACGUGCUCGCCCGCUUCGCGGCGCGGCUCCGCGAGGCGCGCGGGGAGCCCGCCCAGGGCGGCGGCGCCCCUGCGGCGGGGCCGCCCGGCUAGCCGAGCGGCGGCGGCCGGCGGCAGC